UUAAUUAUAAUAACGUUUACGAUAAAAUACAUUUGUAGUUUUGAAUAUAUUCAAUUCAAAGUAUAAAUUUGAUUUUAUUGAUUGCAUUUCCCGGGCGAAUUGUUCACGGCGCAUGCUCGAAAAUCGCUCGGAAAAUUCGUGACUGCGGCAGCGAAGGCUACAAGUUGAUACAGAUACGUUUCGCUUGACACCAAAAGGAUGGGUAAGGAGAAGACUCACAUUAACAUCGUGGUUAUCGGCCACGUAGACUCAGGCAAGUCCACCACCACUGGCCAUCUCAUCUACAAAUGUGGCGGCAUCGACAAGAGGACUAUCGAGAAGUUCGAAAAGGAGGCUCAGGAAAUGGGCAAGGGUUCCUUCAAGUAUGCUUGGGUAUUAGACAAGCUAAAAGCUGAGCGUGAGAGAGGUAUUACGAUUGACAUAGCGCUUUGGAAAUUCGAAACAGGCAAGUAUUACGUAACCAUCAUCGAUGCGCCCGGUCACAGAGACUUCAUCAAGAACAUGAUCACCGGCACGUCUCAGGCUGACUGCGCGGUUCUGAUCGUGGCUGCGGGUACUGGCGAGUUCGAGGCGGGUAUCAGCAAGAACGGACAGACACGCGAACAUGCUCUCCUCGCCUUCACCCUCGGUGUCAAACAGCUUAUCGUUGGCGUUAACAAGAUGGACUCCACUGAGCCACCAUACCACGAGGCACGCUACGAGGAAAUUAAGAAAGAAGUGUCUUCUUACAUCAAGAAGAUUGGGUACAACCCCGCCACGGUGGCAUUCGUGCCAAUCUCUGGUUGGCACGGCGACAACAUGCUGGAGCCCUCCGACAAAAUGCCCUGGUUCAAGGGCUGGACCAUCGACCGCAAGGAAGGCAAGGUCGAGGGCAAGUGCCUGAUUGAGGCUUUGGACGCGAUCCAACCCCCGUCCCGACCUACGGAGAAACCGCUGCGCUUGCCUCUCCAGGACGUAUACAAGAUAGGAGGUAUAGGCACAGUGCCCGUGGGACGAGUUGAGACUGGAAUCCUCAAGCCUGGAAUGGUGGUGGUGUUUGCACCUGCCGCCAUCACCACUGAGGUGAAGUCAGUGGAGAUGCACCACGAGGCUCUGCAGGAAGCUAUGCCUGGAGACAACGUCGGAUUCAAUGUUAAGAACGUGUCCGUGAAGGAGCUGCGUCGCGGCUACGUCGCUGGCGAUUCCAAGAACGCUCCCCCGAAAGGGGCUUCUGAUUUCACGGCUCAGGUGAUCGUGCUGAACCACCCAGGUCAGAUAAGUAACGGCUACACGCCUGUGCUGGACUGCCACACGGCGCACAUCGCUUGCAAAUUCGCCGAGAUCAAGGAAAAGUGCGACCGCCGUACUGGGAAAACUACGGAGGUGGACCCGAAGUCGAUAAAGUCUGGUGAUGCCGCCAUAGUGACUCUGGUUCCGACUAAAGCGCUGUGUGUAGAGUCGUUCCAAGAGUUCCCGCCGUUGGGCCGUUUUGCUGUGCGCGAUAUGCGUCAGACCGUCGCCGUAGGCGUCAUCAAGAGCGUAACCUUCAAGGAAGUCACAACAGGCAAAAUUACCAAGGCUGCCGAGAAGGCCCAGAAGAAAAAAUAACUAUGGGGCAUCCUAAACAUCGUAGUGCAACCGGCAACCAUCGGCCGCGAGCCGCCCGCGGUCGCGGCCGAUGGUUGCGGAGAGCGCAUUACUGCCCGCUACCCGUUGUCGCUGUUGAGUCCUAGCCGUGUACGACCCCCCCUAGUGUCUCCCCGCAAUCGGAGCUUCUUCACUGGUGACAUCACGCUCGUCCUCUACGUAUGCAUUUAUCAUAGCACGAUAUUAUUAAAGUUAGUUCGUUUUAGUUACGCUUACAUGUUAAGUUUAUAUCUUUAUGAUUAUUUUAGUCGUAAGUUACUCGCCAAGUUUGAGUUUCCGUAUCUGAAAGCUCGUUACGUUUUAUUUUUCCAUCGCAAGGAGUUUAGGAGGAAAAGCAAUGGAUUGGCUAAUACAUUUGUAAACCUUUCCCAUGCACAGAAUAUUCUGACUGCUUCGUGAGUGUCAUCAUCCUGGUACUCCCGUCGAUUUACACUUCUUGAUCAUUUCUGUUAUUAUAAUUUUGUUUAAUAAUAUAAACACUGAUAUUUAGAUAAUUAUUAUAUCCACUCUUAAUACCUAAUUUGAAAUUGUGUUAAUGUUUCAUCUUAACGUAUAAAAUUGUUCUAAUUUGUAUUAAUGAAUAAAAUUCAUUGUAUCUGUUUUUAUUAAGACAUCUAGAUACGUACACAUGUGUAAGUAUAAUCGUAUCUGCUUGUUUCAUUAUUACGGUCGAAGAUUAUUGUAAAGUUAACAUCCAGCGUAGUUAUUGAGGGAAUUUGAUUGUAAAUCAUUCCUCUGUAGUUAGCAGUAUGACUAAAGCGUUAAAAACGUAAUGAUAGAAAAUUUGAAAACUUUGUAAGGCGUAGGUAACGAAUUUUCGGUUCGUAGUAUUUAAAUAGAAACGAGUUAAUUUGACUUCAGAGGGUUUGAAUAAUAUCCAAUAUUUUAAUUAACCCUAUUCAAUAUUUAAUAUUAUCUCCAUACUGAAUGUACCUACUGUUUAGAUACCCUUACAUACGGAAAACAAACUCGACUCAUUUUAAGCUAAAUGUAACUUUGUAAUUUUUUCAAUAAUUUUGUAAAGACCUUGAUCCUGAUAAAACCAAUAAAGAAGCUACUGGUA